UCACGCGCGGCGACGCAGCCUUGGUCAGGAGAGGGGCCGAGUGGCCGCCGACGCAGCGUGCGAGGUGACGCAGGAGCGGCCGUCGGCUGGGAGAGGGCCGAGCGGCCUGCCGCCAUGUUUGUGCCCGAGUCGGUGAGAGCGCCGAGGGGUGGAGGAGGUGGCGGCGGCGUUGACGGCGCCAGCCCGGGCUGUGCGUGAGCGAGCAGUUCUACUCCGGCAGGGAAUCGCAAGGCGUCACGCUUCCCCCCUCCGCACCGCCCACCAAGGAGUCGUGACUGGGUGUGUGAGGAGCCGCUAUGGUGGCCUGAGCCGAGCCGGGGAAGCAGGCGAGCGAGUGCGAAGGCAGGCCCGCUUUUCCAGUGAAGGGCCGGGAGCCGGGGAUCGGGGGGGUCAGGCAGCGUCUCCUGCCGACACCCGCUUCCCCCUUCCACUAGCGACGGGUUCGGCUGCCCUCACUCACCAUGGCCUGGGUGCUGAAGAUGGACGAAGCCAUCGAGUCCGGCCUUGUGCACGAUUUCGACUCCAGCUUGUCGGGGAUCGGCCAGGAGCUCGGCUCCGGGGCUUACAGCAUGAGUGACGUCUUGGCCCUGCCCAUUUUCAAACAAGAAGAUUCUAACCUUCCUCCAGAGGAUGAAAGUAAACAUCCACCAUUCCAGUACGUGCUCUACGCAGCCACAUCGCCUGCUGUUAAGCUACAUGAUGAAACACUCACCUAUUUGAACCAAGGUCAGUCUUAUGAAGUCCGAAUGUUGGAUAACCGAAAAAUAGGAGAUUUGCCAGAAAUGAGUGGGAAAAUGGUUAAGAGUAUAGUUCGAGUUGUAUUCCAUGACCGGAGACUCCAAUACACAGAGCAUCAGCAGCUGGAAGGCUGGAAAUGGAACCGCCCUGGUGACAGACUCCUUGAUUUGGAUAUCCCGAUGUCAGUUGGAAUUAUUGACCCCAGAACUAAUCCAGCUCAGUUGAAUACUAUUGAAUUCUUAUGGGACCCAACUAAACGCACUUCCGCUUUUAUUCAGGUACAUUGCAUUAGCACAGAAUUUACGCCCAGAAAGCACGGGGGUGAGAAGGGAGUUCCAUUCAGGAUUCAGAUAGACACAUUCAAGCAAAAUGAAACUGGAGAGUACACAGAUCAUCUUCAUUCAGCCAGCUGCCAAAUAAAAGUUUUUAAGCCAAAAGGAGCAGACAGAAAACAGAAAACAGACAGAGAAAAAAUGGAGAAACGCACUCCUCAAGAGAAAGAAAAGUAUCAGCCUUCAUAUGAAACAACUAUCUUGACUGAGAUGAGACUUGAGCCUAUUAUUGAAGAUGCACUUGAACAUGAGCAGAAAAAGUCCACCAAGCGGACUUUGCCAGCAGACUGCGGUGAUUCUCUGGCAAAGCGAGGCAGUUGCUCCCCUUGGCCAGACAAUGCAUAUGUGAACAGUAGUCCUUCUGCCACUCCUGCAUUUGCACCAGGGCAAGUUGGUGCUUACAGUGUUCCUGACAGUAAUUCCUCUUCGCCAAAUCAUCAAGGAGAAGGAACACCACAGUUUGUAGUGGAGCAACUCUGCCCGGCAUCAACAAUACAGGAGGCCCAGCAAUGGUUGCACAAGAAUCGAUUCUCAACGUACGCAAGAUUAUUUUCAAACUUCUCAGGUUCAGAUUUAUUAAAGUUGACUCGAGAUGAUCUGGUCCAGAUCUGUGGCUCCGCCGAUGGAAUUAGAUUGUACAAUGCACUUAAAGCAAGAUCUGUGAGACCGAGGUUAACCAUCUACGUCUGCCAAGAAUCACAGCGCGCACGAAAUGUUUCACAGCUGGCUGGAUCACAUGAUAGUGAAAAUGGUGAGGGCGACAGUCGUGCAAUAUAUGUGUAUCAUGCCAUCUACCUGGAAGAACUGACAACUGCAGAACUUUCCAAAAAGAUUGCAACUGUCUUUAGCAUAUCCCAAAAUCAGAUAAAUCAGGUUUACAGACAAGGUCCUACAGGUAUUCAUGUUCUUGUCAGCGAUCAGAUGGUUCACAACCUCCAAGAUGAAAGUUGCUUUAUAAUCAGCACAGUGAAAGCUGAAAAUAUGGAAGGCUACCAUGUGAUUCUGAAGUAAUUUGCCCCAUUGAGCUGGACUACAUUUUUGCAUAUAGAAGCUAUCUUUAUUAUGACAAAGGACUUUGUGCAAAUCCAUGUAAAUGUUAGAAUCUGACUUCACUGUACAAAAUGUUUCAUAUUGAAAACACAGCCUGACUGUUCAGUUACCUUACUGUGAGUUUGAAACUUCUGGAAGUAUCACUGCCACCAUCCGCACCCUCUCUACGUUUCAGAAUGCAAUGAGUUCGAGGGUGGGCCUGAAGUCCAGAAAUUGUGGUUCAAAGUGGUCUUUAUAAAUAACGAAGAGGAAAAUGGCCAGUAGAUACAGUUUUGCACAAUAAUUGUCUCAUUUGAAGCAUUUAUGCUUCCUCUUACCUGUCUGGUUUCUCGAUUAUUGGUUUUGAAAUUUAUGUUGAAAUAUGCUGUUAUUUUAAAAUGUUUUGCCUUUCUUUGUGCUGUAAUGUAUUAUUGCCUUUGCUAGUUUGCCCAGCUGAAACUGUAUUUGCAAGAUCAUAUAGUUGAGGUGCUAAUCUGCAGGGGAGACAGAUAUUCUGAUUUCAAUUCCGUGUGGCAGCUUGCACAUCCCCCCCCCCCCCCCCACCGCCACUUCCCGGGCUUCCUUUAGCUCGUGACCUUAUUAACAACUGAGGCAGCAGCUUUGUUGUAAGCCUGACCUGGGUUCUGCAUUUGAACAUUUAUUAGUGUUUCAGUUCAACGUCAGAUCUUUUACCUGUAGAUAGGCAGCAGUUGUGAGAAAAACAACAGCUUCUUGUUUUGUUAAUGGCCCACAACCGCUUGUAGAUCCAAGAGGGCAGGCGUUUCUGUAUUUAAACAUAAUAAAUUUUAAAAAGUCCAUAAUCACAUCCUAUGCUUUUGAAAGCAGAAAUUAAUGUAAUUGUCCUAUAAUUGAUUUAAAUCAUAAUUGUGCCUCUGUGACCAAAUCUCACUGCACUGAUAUGUUAAUAAAGUAUUGUUUGCUUACUUUCAAAAAUGUUGAGGGAUUAUAAUUAUCACUUGGCAUUCGAGCGUUUUCAGGUCAAGCAUUAUGAAUAGAAAUCAAAUUGACUCAGCAUCGCUGCCCACUUCAAUUCGGCAGUUAGAAUUUUUUUUACAAUAAAGCACUAUAGUGUCUUUAGGUGUGGAAUUUCAAAUUUCAUUUUAUUUAUUGGUGUCCUGGUGCAAAAAGAACAGCCAUAGGUAUUGUUUCACUUAAUUUAUGAUUACAAUAAGCACCAGCAACUUUGUCUUUUUUUUUCUUGAUUUAGAGAUCUUAUUCUGAGAUAUGCAUAAAUUCAACUUGCCUCUAAUAAAGUUUAAUUUUUUUG